AUGAGCGACGAUAUUUACAGGACGAAAAUCCUACUGCUCGGCCAGCGAAGGAGUGGGAAGACGUCCAUCCAACAAGUCCUUUUCAACGAGGGCGUCCCCAAGCAGACGUUCUAUCUGGAGCCCACAACCCGUAUCCUGAAGCACAGAUACGAUACAGUCAUUCCACUCGAGAUUUGGGACUGUCCUGGGAAUGCCACAACAGACUCCCUCGGUGUUCCUCUCUCCCGUUUCUCCCUCAUCAUCUUUGUCAUUGAUAUCCAAGACUCUUAUCCACACCCCAUCUCUCGUCUUCUCCACUUCUUCACACAAGCGUAUCAGGAAUGCCCCACCACCCCGCUCGAAGUCUUUGUACACAAGUCCGAGGCAAUCGCUGAUGAGUACAAGUACGAAUCCUUCCGUCCCCUCCACGACCGCAUUCUCGACUCGCUCGAAGACGCCCUCGCCGAAUCCGAUCCCUCCAACGACGCCAUCGACAUGAUACCGAUCAACUUCCACCUCACGUCUAUAUACGAUCACUCCUUGCACGAGGCAUUCUCGAAGGUGCUGGGCAGGAUUGUGGAUUCGUUGCCUUGGUUGGAGGAGUUGUUGAAUUCGUUUUGUGCGAAUUCUCAAGCCUCAAAAGCGUACAUCUUCGAUAUAAAGUCGGGACUGCGGGUGGCGCACGAUGGGUCUCCGCCAGUGGGUGCGACGCACGAACUUUGUUGUGAUUAUAUCAAGACUUUGAAUGCUUUUGGACCUUUAUACAGAUCAGAAUCUGACAGUCCGCUGCGUCUGUGCUCUGUCGCUCCAACUCCGAAGACUACAUCUUACACACCAUCGUCUCAAUCACCCUCACCACAAACAUCCACAACCCACCCACAACUUCCCUUCUACCCCUCCUCCUCCCUAUCCCUCUCCUCCCAAUCCAACGCCACCCAAGGGACAACGAUAACUUAUCACCAACUCACGCCUCAUCUCGCUCUUCUGGCUGUGUUGCCUACUAGUAUUUGGGAGGGGAGGAGAGGAUUGGUGGAGUAUAAUGUUGUGUGGAUGAGGGAGGGUGUUAGGGAGAUUUGGGAGGAGGAGUGGGGAGCGAGGGGGGUGGGGAGUGAGGCGUAG